GGGAACUUGAACCGGUCCAGCCUGUUUAAACCGAAAGGACAGAGAUCCUGUCUGUUCAAUGUAAAAAAAAAAGAAGAAGAAAAAAAUCACAUCAGACCGAGAGAGAGAGAGAGAGAGAGAGAGAGAGAGAGAGAGAGAGAGAGAGAAGANGAGAGAGAGAGAGAGAGAGAGAGAGAGAGAGAGAGAGAGAGAAGAGAGAGAAGAGAGAAAGAAGAGAGAAAUAGAACGAAAGCCCAGAGCAGAGCAAGGUGUAGGAAACCAAAGGGGAGAGAACCCGAGUGAGUGUGUGCGUGUGUGUAUGAGUGUGUGUGAGUGUGUGUGUGUGCGUGUGUGAGUGUGUGUGUGAGUGUGUGAGUGUGUGUGCGUGUGUGUGUGUGUGUGUGCGUGUGCGUGUGUGAGCGCGAGCGAGCGAGUGAGGGAGAGGAGCGAGAGAGUGCGAGCGAGAAAGAAUAAAAGGAAAGAUUUUUCUCUAUGUAUAUAAAGAUGGCCACGUUAGCAAACGGACAGGCUGACAACGCGAGCCUCAGUACCAACGGGCUAGGCAGCAGCCCGGGCAGCGCCGGGCAUAUGAACGGAUUAAGCCACAGCCCGGGGAACCCGUCGACCAUUCCCAUGAAGGACCACGAUGCCAUCAAGCUGUUCAUUGGGCAGAUCCCCCGAAACCUGGAUGAGAAGGACCUCAAGCCCCUCUUCGAGGAGUUCGGCAAGAUCUACGAGCUUACGGUUCUGAAGGACAGGUUCACAGGCAUGCACAAAGGCUGCGCUUUCCUCACCUACUGCGAGCGUGAGUCAGCGCUGAAGGCCCAGAGCGCGCUGCACGAGCAGAAGACCCUGCCCGGGAUGAACCGGCCGAUCCAGGUGAAGCCUGCGGACAGCGAGAGCCGAGGAGGUAGUAGCUGCCUGCGCCAGCCCCCUUCACAUAGAAAACUCUUCGUGGGUAUGCUCAACAAGCAACAAUCUGAGGACGACGUGCGCCGCCUCUUCGAGGCCUUCGGGAACAUCGAGGAGUGCACUAUCCUGCGCGGGCCGGACGGCAACAGCAAGGGGUGCGCCUUUGUGAAAUACUCCUCCCAUGCCGAGGCACAAGCCGCCAUCAACGCUCUACAUGGCAGCCAGACCAUGCCUGGAGCCUCCUCCAGCCUGGUGGUCAAGUUUGCAGACACUGACAAGGAGCGCACAAUGCGACGGAUGCAGCAGAUGGCUGGCCAGAUGGGCAUGUUCAACCCCAUGGCCAUCCCCUUCGGAGCCUAUGGCGCCUACGCUCAGGCACUGAUGCAGCAGCAAGCAGCCCUCAUGGCAUCGGUCGCACAAGGAGGCUACCUGAAUCCCAUGGCUGCCUUCGCUGCCGCCCAGAUGCAGCAGAUGGCGGCCCUCAACAUGAAUGGCCUGGCAGCCGCACCUAUGACCCCAACCUCAGGUGGCAGCACCCCUCCAGGCAUCACUGCACCAGCUGUGCCUAGCAUCCCGUCCCCCAUCGGGGUGAACGGCUUCACCGGCCUCCCCCCUCAGGCCAAUGGGCAGCCCGCUGCGGAAGCUGUGUUUGCCAAUGGCAUUCACCCCUACCCAGCACAGAGCCCCACCGCAGCCGACCCCCUGCAGCAGGCCUACGCUGGAGUGCAGCAGUAUGCAGGACCUGCCUACCCUGCUGCCUAUGGACAGAUUAGCCAGGCCUUUCCUCAGCCACCGCCAAUGAUUCCCCAGCAACAGAGAGAAGGGCCCGAGGGCUGUAACCUGCUCAUCUACCAUCUGCCCCAGGAGUUUGGGGACGCUGAGCUGAUGCAGAUGUUCCUCCCUUUCGGUAAUGUCAUCUCCUCGAAAGUGUUUGUGGAUCGGGCGACUAACCAAAGUAAAUGCUUUGGCCGGCACCCCGUGCCCUCCCGCUGCCAGGCCCCCUCCUGUCAGGGAGGACAGUGUGCAAUAAGCUCCUCCGCCCGCAGGCUUCGUGAGCUUCGACAACCCGGCCAGCGCACAGACCGCCAUCCAGGCCAUGAACGGCUUCCAGAUAGGCAUGAAGAGGCUCAAGGUGCAGCUGAAGCGGCCCAAAGACGCCAAUCGCCCUUACUGAGCGCCGGCGGGAGCGUCCCCCGGGGGAGACCAGGACUCGCACAGGGCAGGAUGCUGAACGGGCUACAUUAAAAACAAACCUCUUUCUCUCUCUAUUUAUAAAUGAGAACUGUUGGACGACACCUUUGACAUAUCAGCCAAUACCAAUCAAGCUGACGACUCCAGACACUCCGUGUGACUGUAACAUUUCUUCAAGGAAAGUAUAGCGUCUAUGGAGUGCAGAGGGCACGUGUUUGGGGAAAAAUAUACAUGGGAUAAAGAUGACGACGAAGAAGAAAAAUGAUAUAAGACAAACAAACAAAAAACCCGCGACUUUAAAUGAAAUAACGUGAGCCCAGAUGGGGAAGCUGAAGGGCUGGGCACUAGGAGGGGAUGCUGCUGCCAACUGAUCCUGGGGCUUUUCCUGCCCGUAGGCGCCUGAGGCAGGCAGGGGCAAGUGUACAAUGGGGCCUAGUCCCCAGCAGGCGGCUGGGAGGCCGCCACUGAGCAUCUCUUAUUUGUCAUUCCUUUAGCUAUUUAGGGACCAAAGGACCAAACUUUUUAUUGCAGAUGUGUAGCUCUGUCAAUUAGAGGUGGAAUGGAGACCAACCUCCUUCCUGCCUCCUGGCUGUUCUUGAAACAGCUUAGAGCGAUUCUAUGAAAAUGUAAUAAAAAAUAAAAAUAAAAAAAAAUAAAUAAAAAGAACAAAAAAACAAGGAAAAAAAUAAUGCUUCAACGCUUUUAAAACAGCAAGAUGCUAGUUCUUUGAUACUUUGAGAGGCGCUUUGAUUACCCCGAUUGAAGUCUCUGAAACUUUCCUACGGUUUUCUGUAUUAUAUGUCUGGAUGGAGCUGUUUAGAUAAAUUGAUUGGUGGAUAUUUGGGGAAAGCAACAAAGAUAUUACGUCAUUAACCAUGAAGA